UCAUUCCAUAGGUAGACAUAUUGAAUUUCCGGAAAAUGGUGGCCAGAGUCAUGAUGUAGCCUUGUCAUCUCCUAAAAUGCCAGAAAAUGGGUCAAAAAACAUCUUCUAUGGCACGAAAAGUGUCACAGUCGGUAUCAUCAAUGUUUGGUUCAACCAAUGAUAGCGAGACAGGCCCAGGGUUUUCUUCUGCUUUGGCGAUAACACCUUUUGUAUACACUAAAAAAGGAUCAAGGUUUUAUGAUGAGGAUGGGGACUUAGCCCAUGAGUUUUAUGAGGAAAAAGAUAUUGGAGGCCACACAGUAAUGGAACAACACUGGCGAAACCUCACACCAGAGGGUGAAGUCAAACUUCCCAUUCCGCGGCUUCAUAUGGAUUUCCCUGUUGUAAUAUGUGAGGCUCCAUAUUCCAGUUGACUUUAAUAUUGAUGGCAGUGAAUAUGUGGACCUUGUCUCAGCAAAUGGAAACGUUCAUUCCAUAUUUUGUAAGGAAUUACUUUACAUUAAAACUUAAGAAGAAUAGUUCUGAAUAAACAUUGAACAAAAUUGUACAAAUGUAUACAAAGGAAUAUUUCUAUCAAGCAAAAAUGUAUGUGUAAUGGAUAUGUAUAUAACUUACUUCAUAAAUGUGAUGAUUGUGUUGCUUUAUUCACUUGCACAACAUAUGGACUAACUUAAGGAAUCUGACUGCUUGUGUUUUCUGAAAAAGAGCAUUCCCUGUUGUUACAUUUGCAGUGCACGUGCCUCAAAGUUAUCCCACAAGGAUGAGCUUAUUGAGUUAGGAUUAGUAUAUUACAAUCAAUACAUGAAUUCCUGUUUUUGUCUGGUGUGUGGAGUACGAGAUAUCAAAAUGGAGUAGGACAGAAGGGUAUCAGACACAAUAUGUAAAAAAUACUGCUGUAUACUGAUAAUUACUGAAGUUUUACUUGCUAGGACUACGAUGUAUGUAAUCUGUGAUUGUGCAAUAAUUGAUUUUUUUUUUGUUUGCAAACAUAUAAAAGUGUAUGUUGUGUUCCAGUCUUGUGAGUUUUAUUUCUGGAGAUAUUGGUAGAUGUAUAAAAUGAAGAUUUAUUUAUUAAUACAGAGAGGAGUAAACCUCAAGUAUUAUAAUGUACACAGUAUACCCAAGUUUUCUUUAUAUGUAGUACUUUAUCAUUAAUUUUAAAUCAAACAUGUUGAUUGAAUCUUGGGUGUACAAUUUUGAAUGUAAAUUUUACAUCUAAUUAUUACCAGUAUGUAUCAUACUGUGAAAUGUUUCAUUGAUAAAUGUUUCAAUAAAAUUUAUUAGGUAAGCAUUUUUAAA